ACCGCAGAAACAGAGCCGCCCUCUCUCUCUCUCUCUCUCUCUAUCUCCGGCAAAUUUCUCUCUCUUCUUCGUCGCCGAGUUUUCGCCAUUAACAGACAGUGAAGAAACGUCGAAUUCAUUCAACAAGUCCAAACGGUCCACCAGCUCCCUCGCUCGCGCAUUGUCUCCUUAUUUUGCUCCAACUGAGAACGAAACAAGCCAUAUCCUGGAUUCGAUUGCCUCACGAUUCAACGCCUCCGAGCUCCAGCUGACGCAUGUUGUUUUUUCAGUGGAUACCAACAUGAGCCAAAGUGAUGUACAGAUGGUGGAUUCUGAAAAAAUCCAUGAUGAUUCUGGAAAUAACAUCCAGGAGUCUAAAUGUAAAGUGGUAGACCCUAAGGAAGGUGAAGAGGAAGUUCCUUGUGAAGCUGCUGCCUCGGGGGAUGUAAAUGGAAGGGAGGAUGUCGGAGAAGACAUAAAUAUAGUUGUAGAUAAAAAAGUUGAAGACAAGAUGGAUGUGAAGACAGCAGUGGAAGACCAAACUAGCCCUGUAAAAGAGGUAUCUGAGCAAAUAGAAGGAUCGGACUAUGGAAUAACUAUAACCAGAAGUGAUAAUGAAGAGCUGAUAAACACUGCAACUGCGGCUGAAGCAAAAACUGUUGCUAGUGAUUGUAAAGAGACAACCACCACCACUGAAACCGCUGCUGAAGCACAAGCUGAUUCUAGUGAUUGUAAAGAGCUGACAAACACUGCAACUGCGGCUGAAGUAAAAACUGUUGCUAGUGAUUGUAAAGAGACAACCACCACUGAAACCGCUGCUGAAGCACAAACUUCUUCUAGUGAUUGUAAAGAGCCAAUAAACACCGAAAUUGUGGCUGAAGCACAAACUACAAGUGCAAUGGAGAAACAAGAAGACAUACAAUUUGAAAUGGUUGAGUGCGAUGCUGCUAAUGCUGGGGUGAAAGAAGAUGAGCCCACUAAGAAUGAUGAGAUGGAUGGAAACCAAGGGGAAGAUAUUGACAAAAGACCCAAUGAAGAUGCCGAUGUAAAAUUUGAAGUGGUUGAAUGUGAUGGUACUGAUUCUGGGGUGAAAGAAGACGAGCCUGCUAAGAAUGAUAUGCUGGAUGGAAACCAAGGGAGCAAUGUCGAGAAAAAACCAACUGAAGAUGUUGUCAAAGAGCCUGGAGAGAUUGGUAAGGAUACUGAUGACACCAAACAUGUUGCUAGUGAGACGAUGGUGGAAAAUUUUGAUGCUGGAAACGUCUCUUCGCAAAAUAGGCAGCUUCCAACUGAAACUUUUGCCAAUAAAGAUCCUCAAGGACACAAUGCUGAGUCAGGUGCUGUUAGACCAUGUGAGGAUGAAGGGAUGGAAGAUGCAGUUCACUGUGAUCAGGAUAAGAUGAUUAAAGAAAAAGAACAGGGUGCAGAAUCCUUUCUUGUUAGCCAUGAAACACAUGGGAAUGAAAAAGCUUUUGAAACUGCCGCCAAACCUGAUGCUGCAGAAUCUUCACUUGCAAGCCAAUCUGAACCUUUUACACCCAAUUCCCUUAUCAAAUGUUCUUCUCAAAAGACUGCAGAUCAUAGUGGAGAAACAGCCCAUACAGUCUCUAGCCAAGCAACACUACCUUUCAUGGGGGAGGAUGAUGACGGAACACCUGAGGAUCAAGCAGCAUUCAUGAAGGAGCUUGAGAAUUUCUACAGGGAGAGGGCAGUGGAAUUUAAACCACCCAAAUUUUAUGGGCAUCCACUAAAUUGUCUGAAGUUAUGGAGGGCUGUUAUUAGGUUGGGAGGCUAUGACAGGGUAACUGGAUCCAAGUUAUGGAGGCAGGUAGGAGAGUCAUUCCAUCCACCAAAGACUUGUACAACAGUUUCUUGGACCUUUCGAAUCUUCUAUGAGAAGUCUCUCCUGGAAUAUGAAAGACAUAAGACACAAAGUGGUGAGCUUCAACUCCCUGUAGUAAUGCUCCCAGAAGUAUCUGGUGGUGAUGGUGAGGGAAAUGGUUAUCAGGGAUCAGGAUCAGGACCAGGAAGGGCUAGAAGAGAUUCUGCUGCCCGUGCUAUGCAAGGUUGGCAUGCCCAACGCCUUGGUGCUGGUGAGGCUGGGGACCCAAUUAUAAAGGAAAAGAAUCUCAGCAAUAUGGCAAAGAAUGAGAAGAAUCUCAAAAGCAUUAGUUCAUUAAAACUGAAGAGGCCAAAUGAAGUGGAGCAUUCAACUUCAAACAAAGCUGCUCGAACUGACAUAUCUAAACAAUUGGUGACAUCUGUUGUUGAUGUUGGGCCCCCAGCUGACUGGGUGAAAAUCAACGUACGCCAAACUAAGGAAUGUUUUGAGGUUUAUGCCCUAGUACCGGGAUUGUUACGUGAGGAGGUACGAGUUCAAUCUGAUCCUGCUGGACGUUUGGUCAUAACAGGUCAACCCGAGCAAGUUGAUAAUCCCUGGGGGAUUACACCAUUCAAAAAGGUUAUUACCUUACCGGCAAGAAUUCAACCAGUUCAGACUUCUGCUGUGGUAAGCCUGCAUGGACGCCUCUAUGUCCGCAUUCCUAUUGAGCAGGCAAGCAUCUAGAUUCAAGUGUCUUACACAACAAUUUGAUUCCCCAGUAACAUCUACAACUUCAUGUAUGUGGAUUAGUUUAGUCACCGUUCGUUCAUAUUAAUGUUUGUUCACUAGGCAGAACGACAUAGGGACGCUUUUUUGGGCUAUAGGUCCCGUCCUCUUCACUGUAAGAUGAUGAAUUUUUGCCGCUUUAACUUAUUUUAUUUGAAUGACAUGCCAUUAUUGAAUGAACACAGUUAGUUUUUCCAGCAA